AUGCCCAAUUGCCCGCGCUGCUCGAAGCCGGUUUAUUUUGCCGAACGCGUGACACUCUCUCCGCUGGAUCACACUCUGAGCAUGAAGGACGACCAUAUUGCAACCGCUGCUAUGGCGCUCUUUUUGGUCCUCGUGGUUAUGGACAUGGAGGAGUUGAGUCCCACACUUUUUUGGGCGGCACGACUGGAACUGCUGAUGAUCAUGGACCCUUUCGUGGACCGGCCGGCACCGUCUAGGUUUACCGGCCAAGAAAAGUUUGAGGCCGAGCAAAAUCGCCGAUACAAAAUCGACACAACACAUGUUAUUCAUUACACU